CCUCCAUCUCCAUAAACCCUGGCAGACCAGGAACAGGCUCAGUGUUUGCAGGUAGCAGUGAUGGGUGCUAGGUCUGUGCUGGUGCUGAGCUUGCUCUGUGUGUGGGGUGCCGUGAGGGCUGAUGAAGAUGGUCCUGAUCCGUACAAGGCUCCUGCCUUCUGUGGGAAACUUGAAUGUCCUAGGUAUGAAGUAGAGCAGGACUUUAAAAGUUUUGAACUUCGUGUCUAUGAAGCCACACAGUGGGUGUCAACACCUGUGAAUCUAAACGUAUUUGGCACAGUGAAGGCCUUUAGACGCUUGUUUAAGUAUAUCACUGGAAGCAAUAGUGAAGGUCUGAAGAUUAACAUGACUGUGCCUGUAUUGGUGUAUCUGCCCAUUAAUAAUGCUUCUGCUAAUGCAACCAUGUCAUUCUACCUUACACCUACACUGAAUCCUCCAAAACCACUGGACCCUGAUGUGUUCUUGGGGAAUGCCGGAGAAACACGUGUCUAUGUCAAGUCGUUUGGUGGCUAUGCGUUUGACUAUGAAUACGCAAAGCAAGCCAAACUGUUGUCAGAAGAGCUGCUUGCCCACGGCAUUCAAUUUGAUGAUUCAGCUUAUGUACGUGCUGGCUAUAAUGAUCCAUUCACAUUUUUUAACAGGCACAAUGAAAUUUGGUACUUGUCAAAAUAAAAAUGCAAACGUCUGUAAGACUCGAUUUUAUUUAGAUGUGCGUUGAUCUCAAGAGUAAAGGAAUCUAACCCUGCCAUGAAUAAAAUAAGUGUUUAAAUCUCAUUGAUCCUCUUUGUAACUGGUUUUAUGUUUAAAUAAACUUGCAUGUUCUAA